UAAAAUAAUUAAUAAACAUUAACCUAUUCAACCCAUAUAUAGGUUAUCAUAUAUAUAAAUACAAUACUUUUAAAUAUAUAUUUUAAUAUGUAAUUAUCAUGAUAUUUAGGACAUUGAAUUAGUUAUUUUAGUGAAUUAUUUUUCUUGUCAUAUUGUCUAUGAUUUUAGAAUAAAUAUUUAGUUUAAUUAAUAUUAUUACUAUUUAUUAUUAUUUUAGAAGUGAAUUUGCUUACUUGUCGUCUUUUCCUUGACUUUAGUGAAUUUGAUUACUUGUCAUUGAUUUUAGGAUAAAUCAUUAGCUUAACUAAUAUCAUGAUAUUUAAGAUAAUUAAUACACAUUAACCUAUUCUACUAAUAUAUAUACAAUUACUUUAUAAAAUAUAUUUUAAUAUAUAAUUAUCAUGAUAUUUAGGACCUUUAAUUAAUAAUUUUAAUAAAUUUGCUUACUUGCAUAUUUUCCAUGAUUUUAGGAUAAAUCUUUAGUUUUAUUAAUAUUAUUUUUAAAUUUUUAUUUUAUUAGUAUGUAUUUGUCAUGAUAUUUAAGAUAAUUAAUAAAAUUGACAUAUUCUACUGAUAUAUAUAUAUAUACUAUUAUUAAAAAUAUUUUAUUAUAUAAUUAUCAUGAUAUUUAGGAUAUUUAAUUAAUAAAUAUAUAUUAACAAUAUCUACCAAUAAUAUCAUAACUAUGUUUAUCUUGAUUUAAUUUUAUGAUUUUAAUGACUAAUAUUAUAGCCACUUUCUCAAAUUCGCAUUAGAAAUAUUGAUCCAAAUACAAAUUAUUUUUUAAAAAACUGUAUAUAAUAAAUCAAUUUCUUCUGUUUAUUCAACUGGAUCGGUUAAUAUACUAAAUUAUAUCCAUAUAUUGCGGUUUCAUAAAAUAACAUCCACCAGUACUACGAAAUCCAUAGUAUUUUCUCUAUUUUGGUUUGGUUUGGUUUUAAGUGGUUUGGUUUUAUAGGCUUGAACACCCCUAAACUAUUGUUAUUUUGUUGAUAUUUUAUGGGCUGUGAUUGUUUUUAAUUCUUUUAGUGUUACCUGAUUUCGUUUCAAUCCAAAUACAACAAGUUUUUAAUUUCAAAUACAAAUUUUUAAUUUAAUUACUACUAUAGAAAAUAUUGUGAUCCAAAAUCUACAUUCAAUAAAUAAAACUAUGAAACAAAAUAAAUAACUAAUAUAUUGAUUACCAAUAUGAAUAGUGAUGUUUUAUAACUUAUACUAUUAAUUUAAAAUUUGUGUCUAAUUAAAUAAUUGUGAAAUAAAAUUAAAACUAAAAAGUGUUAUAUAUAUAUAUAUAUAUAUAUUCAGGUAGUGAUUCGGGUUUCGGAUAUACCAAUUGGAUUCUUAUAUCCAUUCAGGUAGUGCUUCAGGUUUCAGAUACACCCGAUCGGUUCGUAUAUCGAAACUUGUUCAAUACAAAAUCUGGUUCGUAUAUCCUAACUUGUUCAAUACAAAAUCCGAUUAGGUAUUUUGUUAAUUCGGUUCAGAUUUUUGUUUGGGUUUUUUUGGAUGGAUUCGGAUAUCGAGUAAAAUGGUCAGGCCUAUUAGUACACUGCUUUACGUUUUCACACAUGAAGACUAUUGUCUAAAAGGUCAUAAGUUUAUUAAUGGAGGGAGUGAAACUUAAUCUAAGACACUCAACAGUAAUGUGCUUUUAAUUUUGAUAAAAUGUGAUCAUAAACGUUACAUAAACCCUCGGUUAAGGAGGUGGUAGUUGAACCUAACACCUACACCACCUAGACACAGACACAAUGCACAAAGACACUUCUUUGCGAGUCAAAGUGGCCGCUGGAUUGCAUUUACAAGUCCUACAGUAUAAUCCACAUGACGCAUUGUACAAAUGCUCUUUUCACCUGUCAACUUACUUAGCUGUUGACUUUUUGGUCAAUACUUAUUCAAAAUAUAUAACUUUUUAGAUAAAGGUCGCAAUAUAAAGAUGGGCAGUCUCAUAAUGUAUAUAUAAAAAAAAUCCAUUCGGAAGCUGAAACGUGUACACAAACCUCUCAUACCAUCGACUAAAAGAACGAUACAAUGUAACAGUAUAGCUUUUUGUUCAUCAUACAGCUUAUUUAGAAUUAGAUUGAUUCGGAAAUAUCCUCUUAUUUACGUGGUAAUUUAAAUAUGAUUAAGUAAGAAAGCAUGAUUUAAAGAUUUUAAGUUAAAAAAAAAUGAUUUGAUAAAGAUUUUUUUUAUUACGGUUUAUAGGACAAAAACUUAGACCAUUUUACGAUUAUCUUGAUUGCUUUUAACGUUUUCAUUGUUUACUAGCAAGUAGCAAACCAUUUAGAUAUUGACAUUUAAUAACAACAUAAAUUUGGCCAAAAAAAAUGUCUAAUAGCAUUGUUUCUAAAAAGAUUUUAAAUAUAACUAUGUAAAAAGUGAGUAUAUAUAUAUAUAUAUAUAUAUAUAUGUAUAUAUAUAUAUAUAUUAGAAACAAAGUCUCUUACAUCGAAAAUUAAAAAUGAUCUUAAAUAAAAUAUAAGAUAUAGGAUCAAUACACUAAUAACCAAUUGAUUUUAGUUUAUAAAUUCAUCUGAAUUUAUAUAUAUUAAUACAUCAUUUAAUUAAAGGUGUCAAAACGUUAAUUUUUUUCACUAAGGAUUAUGCACUGCUGCCAAACUUAAAGGUGUCAUUUUGUUUAUGUCGAUUGGAGUGUGUACACAUUUAUUGGAUUCAGAGGUUUUAAAACUUCUGUUGUGUUACAAACUUUUAGUCAAACCUUAAUUAAAAACUAGAUUCACUUCACACGUACGCAAACUCAUAUUGCAUCUUUUUUCUUUUCGCGUUCCAUCCACAAAGGAAACAUCUUUAUAAUUAUACUACACUUCAUAAACAAUUAUCUUCAUCUUUUUAGAGAAUAUAUGUCGAUAUAUUUGACGAAAAAUAAAUUGUCGGUUAACAUUACAAUUACAACUACAUUCUUAAGACCUUUUUUUUUUCGUAACACUUUUUCUUUUGUAACACUACUACAUUCUUAAGACCACGAGUUCUUUUAUAUUUUAUAUACUAAUAUUUAAAAACAAUAAUAUUUCUUUUCCUCAAGUGCAUGAUUAUUGUGUUUAACACUUUUACAAAGAUAAAAUAAUCAUACAAAACGUGAACAUGCAUGCAUCUUCCCCUCUUCUUUAUUUUAUUCUCAUAAACUUUGCAUGUUUAAUCUUUCCAUCUCGUGUAGUAUCCCUUUCGUCUGAUACUUAAAAUACAAAUGCACUUUCCGUAUUAGGAAAUGUUUGACAAACAUUCUCAUAUUAUACAUAUCGUCAUUUCAAGGCCCCAAUAUAUUGAUCCGUACUAAUCCGUACAUUUAAACAUGUUUUUUAUUACUAUACACUAAUAACACUAAGUACAUUAAACAUAUAUAAUUAAAGACCUAAAAAGAGAGAACCAAACUCAAACGUAUAUUUUGAAGGUCAUAUGUUCACACGUAGACCAACUUCCUCUAUAAAAAAAAAACCUCAGAAUAUUGCAUACUCCAAAAAGCCUUUACUCUCUCUUCAUUCACUUUAACCUAAUUUCUUCUCUUCAUCGCCUUCUUGUUCUUGAUGUCAAAACAACAGCCCUAAACUCUUAAUCCUCUAUCGGACUUUAAAUCAAAUCUAGCAAAAUGGAUCCUCGAUACUAUGGGAAUAUGCCCUUUGGAGGCGAGGAAAAUGAAGGAACCGAGGAAGAUGAGAACUUAUUCCCUGUCUACUCGGCUCGAUCUAAACACGACAUGCGUGUUAUGGUCUCGGCUUUGUCUCAAGUAAUCGGUAACCAACAAGGCAGCUCUCACGAUAGUCCUUCUGUAUAUAAUCCACAAGACCCUAGUCAACCAGUUGCUCCUACUCAUCAAGAUCAAGGGAACUUGAGGACGAGACAUUAUAGAGGGGUAAGGCAAAGGCCAUGGGGAAAAUGGGCAGCUGAGAUUCGAGAUCCGCAAAAGGCAGCACGUGUGUGGCUAGGGACAUUUGAAACAGCUGAGUCCGCAGCCUUAGCUUAUGAUGAAGCAGCUCUUAAGUUCAAAGGAAGCAAAGCCAAACUCAACUUCCCUGAAAGGGUUCAGCUAGGAAGCAAUAUUAUAAACAAUCAACUAUCAAACUCUACUUGUUACUCCUCAAAUCAAAGUGAGACGCAAAAUAUACCAUACUAUAACCAGUAUUAUCAAGAUGGGAGUAAUAGUGAUAUGCUAAGUUUUAAUUUGGGUGGUGGUUAUGGUAGCGGUAACGGUAACGGUGUUUCAAUGUCUCAUGAUCAUAGUUUAUCAACUAUUACUACUGCUGCAACGACAUCUUCGUCUUCUGGUGGCUCUUCUAGGCAACAAGAAGAGCAAGAUUAUGCUAGAUUUUGGCGGUUUGGAGAUUCUUCUUCCUCUCCACAUUCGGGUUAUUGAAAUGAUAUAUAAGAGGUUAAUUUGUGUUACUUGCCAUGAAGAGAUGUUAUGAUUCUUGAAUGUUUUUCAUGUUUUGCACUCUUAUUUUUGUUGGUUAAAGAUUCUUGAAAGUGUAACUUUUAUUUCAUAGAAUAUAACUAGUUCCCUUAUCUACAACA